CUGAGUGACUUUUGAAAGGGGGCUUGAGUACAACUGAUUUUCAACGGGUCAGGGAGGGUGAUAAAAUUGAUAUGGCUGAGCAACGGAAAGAAAAUUCUGGAUUCUGAGAGUACAGCUAUGAUGAACAUGGUGAAUGGGGCUACAUAGUGCUUGGCAGGGUGUGUGCUGCAGAUGGGCAGGACCAUUUGAAUGUUCUGUAUUCAAGGAAAUGUUCUGCAGCCCUGUGCAGGUGACAGCACAGAAAGACAGGACAGUUGGGAGUCAUCUGCAGCCAUUGCUGUCCCCGAGCCAGCAUUGCAGCUAUUGAUUUGGAGCUUGCCCCAUUCACUCUAACCUUGGCAGUGCCAGCUCGACCCUUAUCAGCGCUGAUAAACCCUGCCACAACCUCCUGUCCCAUCCUUGUGGUGAUAGAUCUUUCCUGCCACUCUGCCCGUGCAUCAGUUGGUCUUUUGCUGCAAUGCUCUAAAUCCUGGAAACCUCUCUCCUAUUUUUGCACAGAGGCUGCAGCCACAUCAACAUUUUUAACCCUGUGUUCAUGCCCAUCCCUUCCUGAGUGUUUUGUGUGAGGAAGGAUGCAGUGGCGGAUGCAAAUGCUGUUCCAGAGGAAACUUAAAAUCCGCUUUCUCUUUCUUCUGUUCUUGGCCCUUCUCGUGCACCUGGUGAUGGAUUUUGCUCUCCCCACAACCCACAGGUCCUGUGGCUGCGAUACUAAAGCAUCAAAAGCCAUGGGUGUCCUGUCAGGCAGCUCCAUGCCAGCCAGCCUCAAAAAGCUGAGCCUGCGAAUCCUUCAGGAUUUCAGUGGAAGCAACGGUUCCUUGGAGAAAAGUUCCCAGCCAGAGAGAGCGGGGCUGCACCUAAGGGCUGGAGAGCCAGGGGUCCAGCAGCAGCAUGAAGAGGCAAAUGCAGGGUGGACCAGGGGAUCAAAGCUGGCAGCACUCUUCGAGCAUCCUCUUUACAACAUCCCAGUCCCAGAGGUGACAGAGAAAGACAAGCUGUUUAUUGUCAACCCCAUGGAGAAGUUCAGUCUGCGCAGCAGCAGGAGUGAUGAAUGGGUCAGCAGCAGUAAAGCCGAGACGCUCCUCCCGACAGGGAAGACAGCCUAUGACACCUACCCCACCUGGCUCAAAUUCCACAUCGGCAUCAACCGCUAUGAGCUGUACCCCCGCCGGGACCCCCUGUUGCCCACGCUCCUCCAGGACUUGGCCACACAAAGGAUCAUCAGCUCGGUCCAGAAGUCCGGCGGGACCCAGCUCAAGCUCAUCAUGACGUUCCCAAACUAUGGGCAGGCCCUCUUCAAGCCCAUGAAACAGACCCGGGACCAGGAGACCCCCAUUGAUUUCUUCUACUUCUCAGACUUUGAGCGGCACAAUGCGGAGAUUGCAGCCUUCCACCUGGACAGAAUCCUGGAUUUCCGGCGAAUUCCUCCAGUUUCUGGCCGUUUGGUCAACAUAACAAAGGAAAUUCGGGAUAUCACCACAGACAAGAAACUGGCCAAGACUUUCUUCAUCUCCCCAGCGGGUAACGUCUGCUUCUACGGGGAGUGCUCCUACUACUGCUCCACCGAGCACGCCCUCUGCGGCAAACCAGACCGGCUGGAGGGCUCCAUGGCUGCCCUGCUCCCUGACAAGACCCUGGCCAAGCGCCGCUCCUGGCGCAGCCCCUGGCGCCGCUCCUACCACAAGAGCAAGAAGGCUGAAUGGGAGCUGAACCCCAACUACUGCGCUCAGGUGCGAGAGACACCGCCCUACGACAGCGGCCAUCGCCUCCUCGACCUCAUCGACAUGGCGAUCCUCGAUUUCCUCAUGGGCAACAUGGACCGGCACCACUAUGAGACCUUUGAGAAAUUUGGGAAUGACACUUUCCUACUCCACCUGGACAAUGGUCGCGGCUUCGGCACACACUCACGCGAUGAACCGUCCAUCCUGGCCCCUCUCCACCAAUGCUGCAGCAUCAAGAAGUCGACGUACCUGCGGCUGCAGCUGCUGGCCACCCAGCCCUACCGCCUGAGCGACGUGCUGCGGGAGGCGCUGGCCGCAGAUCCACUGGCCCCUGUCCUGGCUGAGCCCCACCUGAAGGCAUUAGACCGGCGCCUGGAGAAGGUGCUGGUGGCGGUGGGACAUUGCCUGGCCAGGGCAGCCCACCAGGAAAAGGUGCUGGUGGAUGAUGUGGGGCCAUGGGUGUGACGGGGGCUGGUCCCCUGCUGUAUUGGGCUGUUUUGGUGUGCUGCCGAGGGUGAUGUGGGGGUCCAUGUGCAGCUCUGAUUCUGUGUAGCGUCAGCUUUUGGUGGUGCCAGAGCUGGUGGCGUGAUGAACCAGGAAAGCAGGUUGUAAGGAUAGGUGGGACAGGGAGGGAAUUUAAAUAAAAAGGUUGGCCUAGUGGAGAAGACACAAGCUGUGAUCUUCCCCACCAAGGCUGCUUUCCCA